AUGGAACUACGAAAAAUAGUCAAAUCGCUGAAAAAUAACGGAGAUAAACUACUUCCCAAAAGUAAUUGUUUAGAGAGAGGAUUACUUACAUAUGCCGCCCGAGUUGGUGAUAUUGAACUGCUUAAACAACGGAUUCGCCAAGGGGCAGAUGUUAAUAGUUCAGGACAGAAAGGCAGUUCUCCACUCCACGUGGCAGCGUGGUAUGGACAUCCCGAGAUCAUCGAACUUCUUAUUAAUAAUGGAGCACGUCUUGAUCCUGAAUUAAAUGGACCAAUGAAAAAUGGAUACACUCCGCUACAUCUUGCAUGUUUAAAUAAUAAAAUUAAGUGUGUGAGAGUUCUAUUGAACUAUGGAGCAAGCGUUACUCCAAAAGCCGCCGGUGUUCACCAUCCAAUCCACAUCGCGGUAUUUAAGAACAAUGUUGUAGUAGCGGCGUUGCUUUUGAACCAUGGCGUAGACGUGAAUCUAAGAUUUGACAAUACAUUUUUUUAUAAUAAAUGGAACAAGUUGAUUUUUUGGAAGGAUAUGGAUUUAACGCUGUUACACUGCUCGAUUGCUCGAAAAUACAAAGAAAUGACAGCAUUAUUGUUGGAGCAUGGAGCUGAUAUUCAUCUAAAGACAAGGUCAAAUAAAACAUCAUUGAUGCACGCUGUUGAAGCAAAUGAUCCCGAGUUGGUUGAAUCAUUUUUGGAGAAAGGUGAAAAUCCCAACGAUAAAGAUAUUUAUGGUGAACCAGUAUUGUUUUACACGCUCGUAAAUGCCCAUAAUCAAUCUAAGUAUAAUAAUGUAGAAGAAUUUUAUUCUGGUAAUGAGAAAUUGAGUAUAAUAAAAUUGUUGUACGCUGCUGGAGCUGACAUCAAUGCAAAAUUUCUAUCUAAUGGAUUUUAUAAUUCUCUUGUUUACUACACGUUUUUCUUCAAGAACCUUUGGCAAAGACGUCUUGGUAGUCGAGCUCCCAGUUCCUCCGACAUACUUUAUAUUUAA